AUGCUUCGCAAGGGAAUUACAGAGAGCUUUGGAGCUGCGAUCCACGCCCUUAACACCACCCAUCUGACAGAUGGUGUGAUUAACAGGAGCAAACGGAUGCUGCUGGACACCCUGGGCGUCGGACUGUUAGGGAGCCGGACAGCCGUCUUCAACAAGGCCCUAAUGUACAGCCAGAUGUUCAUGUCUGAGCAGAGGAGCAGCGUUUGGGGUCGAUCAGAGGUCACUCUACCUCCUCAUUACGCCGCUUUCGUCAACGGCAUCGCAGUUCACUCCAUGGACUUUGACGACACGUGGCACCCUGCUACUCAUCCCUCCGGAGCCGUGCUGCCCGCCCUGCUGGCCCUGGCAGAGACCCUGCCGAGCCGGCCCUCUGGUCUGGACCUCCUGCUGGCCUUCAACGUGGGCCUCGAGGUGCAGGGCAGGCUAAUGAGGUUCUCUAAAGAGGCCUACAACAUCCCUGAAAGAUUCCACCCUCCCAGCGUGGUCGGAGUGAUGGGGAGCGCUGCGGCCUCAGCGAAGCUCCUCGCUCUGUCUCCUGCUCAGUGCGGUCACGCCCUCGCCAUCGCAGCCUCCUCUGCCGGGGCUCCUCUGGCCAACGCCGCCACACAAACCAAACCUCUCCACAUCGGGAACGCAGCUCGAAGAGGCCUGGAGGCCGCGCAGCUGGCACAAAUUGGACUGGAGGGGAAUCCAGCCAUAUUGGACAUGGACAGCGGGCUGGGGGUUUACUACAAAGACUACAACCCCUCCCCCAUGGCUGACUCUGGUGUCUUUAGGUGGAUUCUUGAAGAUCAGGAUGUGGCGUUCAAGCGCAUCCCCGCCCACCUGGCCAUGCACUGGGUUGUGGAUGCAGCUUUGGCCGCUCGUGCAAAGCUUCAAGACGCAGUGGAGAACUUUGACCCCAGCCAGAUUCAGCACGUUGCACUGAGGGUGCCUCCAUCCAAGUACAUCAACUGUCCCUCGCCUGCGACGGAGCAUCAAGCCAGGCACUCGUUUCAGUUCAACGCCUGCUCAGCUCUGCUGGACGGCAAAGUGACGGUCGCUUCUUAUAGCCAAGCUCAAAUCAACCGGCCCGCACUGACGGAGCUGCUAUCUAAAGUGGAGGUGGAGACGCCUGAAGACAACGCCCCCAGCUUUGACAAGAUGUACAGCGAGGUGGAGAUCAGAUCAGCUCAGGGGCGGAGCGCCGCAGCCAGGUGUGACACCUUUUAUGGCCACUGGAGGAAGCCGCUGAGUCAGAGGGACCUGGAGGAGAAGUUCAGCGUCAACGCGUCCACCGUGUUGUGCUCAGAAGGGGUGGAGGGGGUGAUGGACGUGGUGGGGAACAUGGAGAAGGUGUCCGAGUGCUCGCUUCUAGGUUCAUAUCUGAAAAUGACAAGUAAUCAGGAGCUGCUGUACAAGAUGAGGAUUAUGUAA